AUGAACUCCAAGAGAAUAGAAGCCUUACUUGAUAGUGAUGAUGAGUAUCCAUCUUCAUACAAAGAAGAACCGGAACUUCCCGCAUAUCAAAAUGAUUACAGAUUUGAACCUAUAGUAUUUAAAUGGAUAGAAAAUUAUGUAUCUGUUUCUCAGCAGAAAAGAAAAUCCCAAAAUUCAGAUAAUAUUAGGCAUGAAUAUAUAACCACAGGGUAUUUAAGCCAAAAAGAUUUAUUUUGCCUUAAAGCAGUUGCUAAAACUUCCAGUGAUGAUACAUUGUUAUGGUUGGUGGACUUCUUUGUACGCAAGGAUAUUCAGUCAAGAUAUGGCAGCAAUCUUAAAAGUUGUCUUAUAAUGAAUUUCCCAGAAACACCAGAAAUACCCAUAAAUGAAGGAACUGAUGGGCAAAAAUUUUACAAAAAAUAUAAAAUAGUUGUCAAAGUCUAA